AUGUCUUCAAACCAAAGGCCCUCGAUGGGACCCCCAGAAACACCGAGCAGAUAUAUGCAGCAGCAGUCUCCAGGCCUUUUUCCAACAUUGCAACUCUCUCCAGACAUGUAUGCUCACCAGUUCUCCGUAGGGCCGGUCACGGCUCCAAUAUUCACAAGUCAAAGGCUCUUUUGGGACCCCUCCAGCGUCGACUACAAUGAUCCUUCUAUAUCCCAGCAGUACCAUGGUUCAUUCGCCUACAGUCCAGUGGCACUGAGUAGCUCUUUUGCCUCUUCGUCUACAGUGGUACCCAGUUUUGUUGCACAAGAUCCAUUGUCCGAAGAGCAGCCUUAUGACUUGCCUAGCCUACCCCGGUCCGCCAGUUAUUCCAAUGUCGACAGUUCUGCCUUUCCCGCCCCAUUCACGACCUCGCCCCGCGUCUUUCAACCGCAAAUGGAGAACCCAAGCAUGUUUCUAAGCUCACCAGCACGGCGGUUUGGCAGCUUUGACCAGCUUCCAAGUCGCUUCGCGCAGAACACUGCUCCUGAGCGGCCGGCUUACGCGCAUCAGAUCGAGGAAUCCAAGCGAGAGGAAGAAAUGAAACGCAUGCGGCGAGCGGAGGUGAAAAAACCGUCAAUCACUCGGUCGGUUAUGGAAGCUCUACGACGACCCAUCACACCGAAAAAGGACAGCAGACCGGGCCUCAAGCGGAGCCUGACACAUACUGGAGUGCGGAACGAUCGCGGUCUGAAACUCCAGACCCAGGGCAACCGCGAAGGACGCAAUUCUCCCAUAUCCUUUGAGCCCAAUAGACACCGGUCAGGGCGCUCGUCUCCCCUGAAGCCGAACGCGGACCCCAUCUCGCGGACUCUCACCAGCAGCCGCAAUGCUAAGCGAGCAUCUCUGUCGCUUGCAAUCGAUGAAAAUGGCGUUGCCAAGACAGUCAUGACACAGAACACUGGAGAUAUGGACCUUGAUGAACCGUCAGACAGCGGAGCUGAGUCGUUUGACGAUAGAGACUUUGACAUCGUCUCCAGUCGAAGCAAUUCCUUUGCUUUUGCGGGAUAUCAGGAUCAAGCUCAAUCGGAUAAGGGCCCCGGUCAUUCCAAAACCAGUUCUCGUUCCACGAUGGGCUCGGCCAGCUCUGCCAGGCUGUCAUCUUAUCAAAGCUCUGUCUCCAGUGUAUCAAACACCAGAGGGACUGAUGUACAUCAUGGCCGAAGGCAACGGCCUAUUCUUGGCUCUACGAUUGAAGACGACACCCUCAUGGAGGAAGAAUCUACUGGUGAUGCCCAAUAUGCAUUGCGAGCCAUCAUCCAAGACCGGUCUCGGUCCACGUCGGCACAAGGGGACCACAAUAGCCGAAUGCAGUUACAUUCUUCUCCUCCCUUGCAGCAAGGUCAAUAUGCAUAUUAUAACGCCUCGCCAACAACAAUCACGGAUCCAGAUUUGGCAACGCCGAGCACAGACAGGGAAAGUCUGGCAAGCAAUGUGAGCAUGCGUUGCUUGUGCAAGUCUUCCAUGCUCGACGGAUCGAUACCCAUGAUUCAAUGGUAA